AAUUAAGACUCGAUCCUAACGAUCCACCAAGGCAAGAUAGCACAUCGAGCACCUUGACUACAGUACCAUCGACACUAAUGGCAGACUCUGGACAUAAUUCUAUCGCUCCCGACCCUGCUGUAUCGUCGCACAGACCCAGCAGUCCCAUCUCGGUGUCCCUCCUCUCAGAACAACCGAGGUCACGAACAAACACAGAGGGCUACAGUCCUAGACAAGGCAUGAAUGACACGGUGGGCAGACGUUUUGACUUAACAAAUGGUAGUUACGUACAGCAUCACAGCUCCACUGGAGAGGAGGUUGAAGACGUGGAUGAGGAGGAAAUCGACCUUACCACUGUCAGUGCUGGGGGAACAAAACGAAAUCGAAACUGUGACCGAUUUGAUUCGAUGACCCAACAGAGAAAUGAAAGACGAGGGGAAGACGAAGACGAGGAUAGCCCAGUCGAUCAUGAAGACAAGACUAAGAAAAAGCAUAGGAGGAACCGAACUACAUUCACGACCUAUCAGCUCCAUGAGUUAGAGAGAGCAUUUGAGAGGUCUCACUACCCCGAUGUCUACAGCAGAGAAGAGUUGGCUAUGAAGAUCAAAUUACCAGAAGUUCGAGUACAGGUUUGGUUCCAGAACCGCCGAGCUAAAUGGAGACGCCAAGAGAAAAUAGACUACGGCAAGCUACCAGACGGCCUCGCUAUUCCUUCACUCCCCAAGCUUCAGACGCCCGUGUCCUUGACCUCAGCACCUUUACCCCUCGACCCCUGGUUCACGUCCCCCAUAGUCAAUAUCACCACAGGAGGCGAAAUGAUCCCACAACCACCAUCGGCAUUGACGUCACUUCCGGCCAUGGCGUCCGGGACGUUUCCGGAUUAUCUGUCCACGGCGAUGACUUCAAGAUGCAACAAUCUAUCUUCGCAAUUUCACACUCUCUCUGGAAUGUUUAACCCCUUGCUGGCUCGGAGAGCAGGAAUUCACUGUGUCAACGGAAGGGACAACAGUAAACAUUCCAGUAUAGCCUCUCUCCGAGUGAGAGCACGAGAGCAUUUAGAAACAAUUGACAGACAAAUCGAAGGAGGUGGUUAUGAGUGACUUGGUGUAAAUAUCUUAGUUUUUAGUAAGUUGUUCUUCUAAUCAACAUGAUUUGUUUGUAUCUGUCUCGCAUUCAAUUGAAUCAAUGAAUCAAUUUGAAUUAAUAAAGAUGAUAUCUGUUACCAAAAUUAAACGUUCUCUUUCUCAAAGUA